AUGCCUCCAUCAAUCGCGCAGCUGACUGACGAGUCCGACGCUGACCUUGACUCAAUCGAGACUAAGAUCGAGAAGAACAUGAAAGACAUUGCGUACCUCAAGGCGAGCUCAGACCCUCCAGCACUGGAGAUACUCUUUCUGACCAAUCUUCAGAGUGAGCAGCGCAACUUCACCGAGAGGCUGGAGACACUCCAUGAAUCCCAACAGAAGCUACUGAAGAAGCUGAAUGCCAUCAAGUCCAAGAAUUACGUUCAGGAGAUCGAUAACUUGAGAGCGGAGAAGCAGCUUCUUCAGCAAGAUUCUGGUAUCUUGAGUGGUGAAGAUGCACCAGACACCACGCCGUGA